CGCAUUAAUCUCCGUCCACAAGCAAGCUUUGCGCAGUCAGCCAGAGUUUAACCUCGCUGCUGUCUUCUUCCUGGUGCUAUCCUGCCCCGGUUUUUGGGAAGACCCCACAUUCUGCCUUCUGGGGAAAUGGGCUCCAAGUGGAACAGCUGGUAUCUCCGCGGAAGCCUGGGUCUUUUGGGUAUCUUCUCCCUCACUGCCCUGAUCCUUAGCUUGGUGAGAAUCCACAACACCACGCAACCUUCUAAGGACAAGUAUGGCUUGGUAUUUGAUGCAGGUUCAUCGCACACGUCCCUCUUUGUAUACCAGUGGCCGGAGGAGAAGGAAAACAACACGGGCAUGGUUAGCCAAAUGUUCUCCUGUAAUGUCAAAGGAUCUGGAAUAUCCAGCUAUGCUGAUAACCCUCCACAGGCUGGUACAUCUCUGCGGGAUUGUCUGCAGGAAGCCCUGAGAGUGAUCCCUCGAGAAAGACAGCAAGAGUCCCCGGUUUAUUUGGGAGCCACAGCGGGCAUGAGGCUACUCAGGAUGCAGAACGAGUCAGCUGCAACGCAGAUCUUGGAGGCCGUUUCCCAAACAACGAAGUAUCCUGUGAGUUUCCGAGGGGCUCGAAUUCUCAGCGAGGAGGAAGGCGCCUUUGGCUGGAUCACCAUCAACUACCUGCUGAAUUCUUUCACCCAGUACUCUGCCAAGGAGCGAGACUGGAUCCGUCCUCCCUCAGCCAAUAUCCUGGGAGCUCUGGACCUCGGGGGAGCCUCCACCCAAAUCAGCUUCAUCCCGGCCGGUUUGAUCGCGGAUCGGUCCGAAGCUGUGCAGUUUCGCCUCUAUGGCUUUAACUACACCAUCUAUAGCCACAGCUACCUCUGCUAUGGCCAAAACCAGGCCUUCCAACGGUUGAUCCGGUUGAUUCUUGAUGGCGGGACCAGCGUUGAGGUGGCUCACCCCUGCUACCCAAAAGGUUACAAGGACGGUACUGGCGGCGUCCCUCUCUGGCAAUCCGUGUGUGUCAAGCCUCUGCCCUCAACCGCAUCUUCAGCCAACGUAACUCGGGGCAAAGGGAAUUUCAGCCUCUGUCGGGAAAAAUUCAAAGCCAUCUUCAACUUCUCCGGCUGCCGAGAUCCAUCUUCCUGCGGCUUCGAAGGGAUCUACCAGCCAAGAGUCAAUGGGAAGUUUCUGGCCUUUUCAGCAUAUUACUACACUUUCCGCUUUCUGAACCUGACAGCCACAACCCCCCUGGCCACAGUAGAGAGAGCCAUCCAGGUUUUCUGUGCCAGAACAUGGGACGAUCUGACCACCAGUUACCCUCGCGAAAAUCUUUCCACUGAAGAAUUACUGUGACAGUGCAAAUUUCAUCUGACCCUUUUAUUGGAUGGUUACGGCUUCCGAAACGACACCUGGCAAAACAUUGCCUUCCAAAUGCAGGCGGCCAAUUCAGACAUCGGAUGGACCCUGGGCUACAUGCUGAACCUCACCAACAUGAUCCCGGCUGAAGCCCCUCCAUUGCUCAAGGGUCACGAGGAAGCCUUUUGGAUUGCAAGCAUCUUCUUCAUCGCCACUCUGGCUCUCUGUCUUCUCAUACUCGUCUUGCAUUCUCUGCGGUGAGAGAUGCCCCGAGGGGACUUUUUAUCGCCUCCACCGUCCCUUGCUUGGGAGAUGUCCCGAGUCUUGCCCCGCCAAGGACGACACUCCAAGGCCACGCGCACUUCCUACCUCAUCCAUCUCUGCCCCUUUUGGCACAAGGCAGAAGAUGCUCCCGUGGAGAACAUCAACCCAACAACUCCCGUCCCCUUCCAUCCUCUCUUCAAGCCUUGGGACCUCGGCUGUUCGUUCAGAAGCCCUUUUUCGUUUUUGCUUCUUAUUUAUUGAACCUGUCAGCCGCCAAAUUGUCGAGCUGGGCGGUGCGCUGGGUGUGGGGUGUGUGCCUGUGUGGGUGUGUGACAUCUUCAAACUUCUGUACGAUGAGACGUCCCCGAUAGGAAAAAAAAAAACACGUUUCGACGAGGAGAAAAACAGGAUGCCGUUUAAGAAGGAAACAUCUUUUUAGAAAAGUUUUUUUUAUUUUUCAAUUUUGAAACACAUACAUUCCAUCUUUUCUUAAGCAGUGUAUUGCCUGGGCACAAAUAUCUGUGCAAUAUUCUUCCAUAAAUUAUAAUACAU